AUGGAUCUCAGGAGUUUGAUGAACACCAACGACGAUGGCGAGCGAACCGGAAAGCCUGCACCACACGGUCCUCCGAAGCAGCAGCAACAGCAACCGCCGCCGCAUCCCCAUUAUGCUCAGCAGCAGCAGCAGCAUCCUCAACAACAUCCCCAGCAGCAACAGCCGCCGCCUGCGCAGACCCCGACCACCCCGGCGCAAGGUCCUACGGCCUUCGCUUUUAGGGAGUCGGCAUACAGCCAUGCCUUGCACAGCUCGCCAGGCAAACCAUCUGCGCCCCAAGAAUACUCCGCCCACGGACAAGCUGGCCCCGGCCCUGGACCAAACUCUGGCUCCUACCCCCCGCAGUCACCAUACCAAGCACCGGGGCCUUACCCAAACCGACCUCCUCAGCCGACGCUGCAAACCCAGUACAGCGACCCGCGAUCUCCUAGCGCUGCUCCCAUGCCUGGGCCAUCGCCGUAUCGUCACACUCCCAACUCCUCUGUGAGCGCGCCGACCCAAGGGUAUCCAUUCCCGCCGUCCGGGGCGGCGCACGGCGCUCCCGAAGCGACCGCCAGUCCUGUGCAACGGCAUCAAUAUCCACCCUCUACCACUUAUCCUUCUCGAGAUGGCUACUCACACAUGUCUGGCCCGCCACAUGGUGCGACAGGACCUCCGCCUGCCCACCCCAGCGGUCCCUACGUGCCACACCAGCAGCAACCGCAACAGCAGCAGCAGCAGCAACAGCAGCAGCAACAGCAACAACAUCCGAUGCCACAGACGCCUCCCAUAGGCACCUCGAGCGGUCACGCCUUUAUUCACCAGAGAUCUCAGUCGACUCACUCCACCCCGACACCUACAUCCGCUCAAAGCCAGCACCAGUACGGGCAUCCUUAUCCACACAAUAGUCCUGUUGCGACAGCCCGCCCACACCCCGCUGAACAUAACCGUCAACCGUCACAGCCCCCGACGCCCCUCGGCCCUCCUUUGUCCGCUGGACAACGACAAUCUUCUGCUGCUCCGAGCUACCCACACCCUUCGAGCCCUUACCAACAACGAAUGUCGACUGCUUCGUCGCAUAUCAGCCAAUCUCACGCCACCCCCCCUCCUCCUCCACCGACCGCCAUACCUCGCGCUCCCAGUUCGCAUUCUGCCUACGACCCACGGGUCAACGACGCCCACCGAAGAUCCCAGUCCAACAGCGAGCGCGAGAGGAGUGUUAGCAUCAGUCCGAAAACCCGCAUGCCGAGCCUUCCGAGCAGUACUGGCGGCCCUCCGUCCGCACCCCCAUCGACAAUUGCCGACACGGAAAUGCGCCCCGUCCAACCUUCGGUAGCCAACAUGAUGGACCCCGAACGCGAGCGAGCCACGACACCAGCUAAGCGAAAGCUGGCCGACCGUGAUCUGAGUCCAAGGGAAAUGGAAAAAGCAGGACGAGGCACCGCCACCCGGCCAGCCAAGCUGGGAACUCUGAUUGACAAGGACACGAACGAGCGCGUGGAAAAGUUCGUUACGACGGCUUGCCUGCUGCACGACACGGGCCGCAUCGCCUUUCGUAGCAGCAUGACAGCGGCUCAACACAAGGGCAUGAACCAGUGGCUCAACGACAAGGUGUUAAAUACGAAUCCUCAGAAUCCUGAUCCUCGGGUCAGAGACCGUGUACAGGUGCAAUACAAGCAUCGCCGCGAAGUCGACAAGUUCUUCGAGAUCCCGAGCCAGCUGCAGGGCCGCCUUCCAGGCUGCGUACGGGCACGCAUCAACCCGAAGCACAGUGUCAAGGUUCGCGUCACGUACGACCAGAAAACCGAAAAGCCUCUGGCCAAGAUUGUCAAAGCACGCGUUGCCGACAUUAAUCUUCACAUGCCCAACGCGCCGCUUGACUGUCGCAUCAGCAUCAAUCUCGAAGCGGCCUGGGACGGCCCCAUUGAGGAGCUCGAGCAGAUCGCCGUCGGCCACGGCAACAAGUUCCCCGAUCGCAGCAAGGACCGGCUCAGCUACACGCAGAGCCAUUAUCAGGUGGACCUGACUCAGGUGACUCAGACAGUACCUGGUCCAGGGAACACGCAACGCGUCGAUAAAGAGCACGAACUCGAAAUUGAGCUCGCGCCCCAUGUGACCAUUGAUCAAGGCCAGCGAGCCACGAGCGGUCAGCCCCACAAGUACCCCGAGCUGAUCGAGGGUUUCGUGGACAACAUCCGCAUUCUGGCCCGCGCCGCGGGUGAUUUUGUAUGA